GGCGGCGGCGGCGGCAGUGGCCGCUGCAGCCCCACACUCCACCGCCAAACUGGAAGAGCGACGGAAGCCGGACCCCAGGAGGAUGGAGGAUGAAGCUGUCUUGGACAGAGGGGCUUCUUUCCUUAAGCAUGUGUGUGAUGAAGAAGAAGUAGAAGGCCACCAUACCAUCUACAUUGGGGUCCAUGUGCCGAAGAGCUACAGGAGGAGGAGACGGCACAAGAGAAAGACAGGCCACAAAGAAAAGAAGGAAAAGGAGAGAAUCUCCGAGAACUACUCGGACAAGUCGGAUGUGGAGAAUGCCGAUGAAUCCGGCAGCAUCCUGAAACCGCUCAUCUCUCCUGCGGCAGAACGCAUCCGGUUCAUCCUGGGCGAGGAGGAUGACAGCCCCGCGCCCCCUCAGCUCUUCACCGAACUGGACGAGCUGCUGUCCGUGGACGGGCAGGAGAUGGAGUGGAAGGAGACGGCGAGGUGGAUUAAAUUUGAAGAAAAAGUGGAACAGGGUGGGGAGAGAUGGAGCAAGCCGCAUGUGGCCACAUUAUCCCUUCACAGCUUAUUUGAGCUGAGGACAUGUAUGGAGAAAGGAUCCAUCAUGCUUGACAGGGAGGCUUCUUCUCUCCCACAGUUGGUGGAGAUGAUUGUUGACCAUCAGAUUGAGACAGGCCUUCUGAAACCUGACCUUAAGGAUAAGGUGACCUACACUUUGCUCCGGAAGCAUCGGCACCAAACCAAGAAAUCCAACCUUCGAUCCCUGGCUGACAUUGGGAAGACUGUCUCCAGUGCAAGUAGGAUGUUUGCCAACCCUGAUAAUGGUAGCCCAGCCAUGGCCCAUAGGAAUCUGACUUCCUCCAGUCUGAAUGACAUUUCUGAUAAACCGGAGAAGGACCAGCUGAAGAACAAGUUCAUGAAAAAACUGCCCCGUGAUGCAGAAGCCUCCAACGUGCUCGUGGGGGAGGUCGACUUCCUGGACACGCCUUUCAUUGCCUUUGUUCGGCUACAGCAGGCGGUCAUGCUGGGGGCCCUGACUGAGGUCCCUGUGCCCACAAGGUUCUUAUUCAUUCUCCUAGGUCCUAAGGGGAAAGCCAAGUCCUACCACGAGAUUGGCAGAGCCAUUGCCACCUUGAUGUCUGACGAGGUGUUCCAUGACAUUGCUUAUAAAGCAAAAGAUAGGCAGGACCUGAUUGCUGGCAUUGAUGAGUUCCUAGAUGAAGUCAUUGUCCUCCCUCCUGGGGAAUGGGAUCCAGCGAUCAGGAUAGAGCCUCCUAAGAGUCUUCCAUCAUCCGACAAAAGAAAGAACAUGUACUCAGGUGGAGAGAAUGUUCAGAUGAACGGGGACACACCCCAUGAUGGAGGCCACGGAGGAGGAGGAGGACAUGGAGACAGUGAAGAAUUGCAGAGAACUGGACGGUUCUGUGGUGGACUAAUUAAGGACAUAAAGAGGAAAGCACCAUUUUUUGCCAGUGAUUUUUAUGACGCUUUAAAUAUUCAGGCUCUAUCAGCAAUUCUCUUCAUUUAUCUGGCAACUGUAACUAAUGCUAUCACUUUCGGAGGACUGCUUGGGGAUGCCACAGACAACAUGCAGGGCGUGUUGGAGAGCUUCCUGGGCACGGCCGUCUCCGGAGCCAUCUUCUGCCUCUUUGCCGGUCAACCACUCACUAUUCUGAGCAGCACAGGACCUGUUCUAGUUUUUGAGAGGCUUCUAUUUAAUUUCAGCAAGGACCAUGGUUUUGACUAUUUGGAGUUUCGCCUUUGGAUUGGCCUGUGGUCAGCCUUCCUGUGUUUCGUUUUGGUAGCAACCGAUGCCAGCUUCCUGGUUCAGUACUUCACCCGCUUCACGGAGGAGGGCUUCUCUUCUCUGAUCAGCUUCAUCUUCAUCUACGACGCUUUCAAGAAGAUGAUCAAACUAGCUGAUUACUACCCCAUCAACUCUGACUUCAAAGUGGGCUACAAUACUCUCUUUUCCUGUGCCUGUGUGCCGCCCGCCCCAGCUAAUAUCUCGAUAUCUAAUGACACCACAUUGGCUCCAGAGGGUUUGCCAACUAUGUCUUCAACCGACACGUACCAUAAUGCUACCUUUGACUGGGCAGUUCUGUCGAAGAAGGAGUGUUUGAAGUAUGGAGGGAAGCUCGUGGGGAGCAACUGUGAUUUUGUUCCCGAUAUCACACUCAUGUCUUUCAUCCUCUUCUUGGGCACCUACACCACCUCGAUGGCUCUGAAAAAAUUCAAAACCAGUCGUUAUUUCCCAACCAUGGCAAGAAAACUGAUCAGUGAUUUUGCCAUUAUCUUGUCCAUUCUCAUCUUUUGUGUAAUAGAUGCCCUGGUAGGUGUGGAUACUCCAAAACUAAUUGUGCCAAGUGAGUUCAAGCCAACAAGUCCAAACCGCGGUUGGUUUGUCCCACCAUUUGGAGGAAACCCCUGGUGGGUGUACCUGGCAGCUGCUAUCCCCGCGUUGUUGGUCACCAUUCUGAUUUUCAUGGACCAGCAAAUCACAGCUGUGAUUGUAAACAGGAAGGAACAUAAACUGAAGAAAGGAGCUGGAUAUCACCUGGAUCUCUUUUGGGUGGCCAUCCUCAUGGUGGUGUGCUCCUUCAUGGCUCUUCCAUGGUACGUGGCUGCUACUGUCAUCUCCAUUGCUCACAUCGACAGUUUAAAGAUGGAGACCGAGACUUCUGCACCUGGAGAACAACCAAAGUUUCUCGGAGUGAGGGAACAAAGAGUCACUGGAACCCUUGUGUUUAUUCUGACUGGUCUGUCAGUCUUUAUGGCUCCCAUCUUGAAGUUUAUUCCCAUGCCUGUACUCUAUGGCGUGUUCCUGUAUAUGGGGGUCGCCUCCCUUAAUGGUGUCCAGUUCAUGGAUCGUCUGAAGCUGCUUCUGAUGCCUCUGAAGCAUCAGCCUGACUUUAUCUACCUGCGCCAUGUCCCCCUGCGCAGAGUCCACCUGUUCACUUUCCUGCAGGUGUUGUGUCUAGCCCUGCUCUGGAUCCUCAAGUCAACCGUGGCUGCUAUCAUUUUUCCAGUCAUGAUCUUGGCUCUUGUCGCUGUCAGAAAAGGCAUGGACUACCUCUUCUCCCAGCAUGACCUCAGCUUUCUCGACGAUGUCAUUCCAGAAAAGGACAAGAAAAAGAAGGAAGAUGAGAAGAAAAAGAAAAAGAAGAAAGGGAGUCUGGACAGUGACAACGAUGACGAGAAAGAUCACCAACAUUCCUUGAACGCCACACAUCAUGCUGAUAAAAUUCCUUUUCUUCAGUCACUGGGUAUGCCAAGUCCUCCUAGAACUCCAGUACAAGUUGUGCCUCAAAUUAGAAUAGAACUUGAGCCUGAAGACAAUGAUGAUUACUGGAGGAGCAAGGGAACAGAAACUACAUUGUAACCUGUUUGUCUUUCCUCAAACUAACAGCUUUUUUUUGUCCAUGGUCUUGUUUUGUAUCUGGUUGUUUAUUUUUUAACUCUUGUUUUGUUUUGGUUUUUGGUCAUUGGCCAAACGAUACAGUGCUUUCUCUGCGUCUCCCUUGCAUAGGUAAAAUUCAGACAACAGUGCACCAUUCCUUACGAACAACAUCUGAAAAAUCCCCUUUUCAUUAUACUCUCAGAUGUAUCCUCUGACAGCCAAAUUCCUCUGUCACAUAAGACAUGCACAGACCUGUCCUUUACCUUUAUUAAGCAGAGGGCAAAAGUAUUGAGGAUUUUAUAACACCUUUUAUUCAAAUAUUGAAGGAACUUACCACUUUAGCUUUGGAGCUGUGCUUACUGGCUUGUCUGUCUGGUAGAACAAACCUUGACCUCCAGGCGGUUCUUCUUGCUUCUAGAGCUCUCUGAUUUGCUCUUGCUUAUAAACCCUAACCCUAGAAUUAUCGAAGGAAGCAAAACUAAAGGUACUUUACUCCCUGUAGAGAAAAUAUUGCCAUCAUUGUAGCAGGUGUUGGAAUGUCCCUUUUUCCUAUGCAACUUUUUUUAACCCUUUAAUGAACUUAUCUGUUGAGUACAUUUGAAGACUAUUUUUCUUCCUAGAUUUUGUUGUUUA